AAAGCUGUAAUAUCUGGUCAGAUUACACGUAUUGUCUUGUGCAGUUACCGUAUUUCUUUAAUCUACUGUAAUAUGCAAUCAUGAAAAUAGUACCUCCGUGUAUGCAAACAAAAUCCGUGCAAUAGCUCAAAGUGGAACGAAUCAAUGUUAUAUGCUGCAUGCAUGCAUGCAUGAUGCAGAACACCAAGCUGCUUAUGCCACCUCACUAUGCAGCAGCCCCAUGCACAAUGACUGCCCUCAGCGCGUGCAGCCCUACAACUGCCUGCGCGCCGCGGCGGGAUUGUGGGAUUCAGUAGAGACUCUCAGCCAGGGGAUAGAAACAUGGCGGCUACCAAGCUCGUUGCAAAGAAAUUGCGGAAGUGAGGGAAGAUAAGUACGACUUCGGAACUUUUGGUACCAGAAGCUUCUUGUCUCAGCAUAGCAGUAAUGGGUGUAGCACUCCACUUUCACUUGUUUAACCAUUGCCUUCUGCCUGCUGCUUUCCUUGGCACAUGAUGGAGUCAUAUUGCAGUACAUCUUGCUUGGCAUUUCUGAUUUCCUGCAGGUUCACAAAGAGUGGAUCAUGAUGAAGCUCGUCUAGGAAUUUACCGUAGUAUGGCUGCUUCUCGAUCUUCACGUGUUACAAGAUCAACAGUUGGAGUGAAUGGUUUGGAUGAAAAUUUUUAUGGAAGAACUUUAAGAACCCGAAGCAUUUCUCACGCUGAGGAAUCUUCUCCUGUUCCUCAACCAAGAUCGCAAUCACCAAAAAAGAAAGAAUGCAUACAGUCUCAGAAAGGAACUAAUGGUACGAAAACAACGGAGCUGAAACAGCAAAAUUUACGUGAAUCUGUGUCGACCCCAAGAAAGAGAGGACUAUCUAUUUCUGAAAAAGAUAAUUGUGAUAAAUCAGUUGAAGACAACGGUGAGAGAGAAGAAGAAGAAAGUGUGCUACCAGUUUGUAAACGAGUAAAACUUUCACCUUCUGAGGCUUCAGCUUUAGAGGAUGAAUUGCCAGUAAAAAAUGAAAGUGAAACUGUAGAGGGGAAAAGUCAAUCUGUGGACAAUGGUGCUGAAUCCCCUGGACACAAAAAAGCUAGACGAUGUCUUGUCUUGGAUGAUUGUGACAAAGUGGAGGUUAAAAAUGAGACUGUCAGUGAUGUAGGAAUUUGUAAGUCAGUGUUUUCCCAAGAGGAGGUGGAUUACCAAACUGUAAAUGGAACUGAUGAAGGUAACGCAACUUGUGGAGACUCUGAGGGUUGUCUGCCUAUUGAAGACACUAAGCCAAACACUGAUGGCUCCUGCACAUCCAGUGAACAGACUGAUAUUAAAAAUGGCAGUUCAGGUGGUGAUUGCUGUUCAUUAAGCCUCAAUGGCAGCAAGGUAGAUUCUACUUCAGAACCAAAUGUGCCUUGUCCAAAUUCACAGGAAGGAACAACGUCUGUAAACCGCAAAGCUGAAGAUAAGUGCUCUUCUUGUGAAACUCAGUCAAAUAAUUUAAUGGUUACCUGUGCACCACAGUUAUCAGUAAGUAACUCUGAGGGUAACGUAGAGGGCAACAGUAACUGUUCUAAGUCUCAGUGUACUGAAGGUAUUGUUGACAACCAGAGUGCUACUAGUGAUGAUAGGUCAGUCUGUAAAGAAUCUGAGCCACCUGCUGAGCUGGACUCUGCUCAAGUGGAUUCUUUAUCAGAACUUCAGGAAUACAGGUAUACACUAAGAACUUCUCCACGAAGGGCUGGCUUGAAUAAAGACAGUCCUAAAACAAACUCUUCACCUAGGGCGGAUGAUCAGGUGGAGGAGCAGAAACUCAGUCCUGAAAGGAAUACAUCCACAGAUAACACCACUGAACUGUCUGAGAAAACUGAAUUAAUAUCUCAGACAGAAAAAGUAGUUGCAGGUGAUUUUGGAGAGGGUUCAAAUAACAGAAUAACUGGGCAGCCCUCUGGUUCAGGGCCAGUUAGUGGGGGGUUGCCAACUGCCAAAGAGAAGGAAAGCUUGCAGUCGCAGACGGCAGAGGAAGAAGAAGAAGAUCCGGAUGUUUAUUACUUUGAAUCUGAUCACUUGGCCUUGAAACACAACAAAGAUUAUCAAAGACUGCUGCAAACGAUUGGUGUAUUAGAGUCGCAACGUAUCCAGGCUGUUCAGGAUUUAGAAUAUUUAAGCAUUCAGGCAGGGGAUGCACUAAAAGAUCCAAUUAGAUUUGUGGAACAACUGCAAAAAAAGAUUCACCUUGGCUUUCCCUGCCCUCAGAGAGUUGUCCAGUUGCCCGAUAUUGCUUGGGAACAGUAUACCUCAAGUCUUGGAAACUUUGAGAGAGAGUUAAAAAAUAAAAAGCGUAAUACUAGAGGGUUAAAGUUAAUAUUUGACAAAGUAGGCUUAUCUGCAAGGCCAAAAAGUCCACUGGAAUCAAAGAAGGAUGGCGAGCCGUCAUACUAUUCAUUGUUACCAUCAAGUGAUAGCCUUGAAAGUACUUCACACAGUCGUCCACAGAUGAUUCGUGGAAGGUUGUAUGACGAGACCAAACCUGAAUCUUUUAAUCAGCUUUGGACUAUAGAAGAACAGAAAAAACUUGAACAAUUGCUGCUGAAAUACCCACCAGAAGAAGUCGAGUCAAGGCGUUGGCAGAAAAUAGCCGAUGAACUUGGCAACAGGACUGCAAGACAGGUUGCAAGCAGGGUACAGAAGUAUUUCAUAAAACUGACAAAAGCUGGGAUCCCUGUGCCUGGUCGAACUCCAAACUUGUAUAUGUAUUCAAAGAAGUCAUCCAGUAGAAAACAACACCCUCUUAACAAACACCUUUACAGGCCUUCAACCUUCAUGACAUCCUAUGAGCCUCCAGUAUAUAUGGAUGAAGAUGAUCCGUCCAGUUUCCAUGACAGCAAUAUGGAUGCAGCUGCAGAAGACGAAGUUUCGGAUGAAGAAAGCAUUCCAGCUGAAUGUCGGCAUUUACCAGAGUACAAAGAGCUGCUAGGGUUGAAAAAACUGAAGAAACAGAAAUUACAUCAACUUAAAGCUGCAAGUGGAUUUGUACAGCAUGUUGGAUUCAAGUGUGACAGCUGUGGCUUGGAGCCCAUUCUAGGAGUUCGGUGGCAUUGCAUGGACUGCCCUCAAAACGUAUCCUUGGAUUUCUGUGAUGCGUGCUCAGACUGUUUGCAUGAAACUGAUAUCCAUAAAGCUCAUCACCAGCUGGAGCCAGUAUAUAGGGCAGAGACAUUUUUGGACAGAGACUAUUGCGUGUCUCAGAGCACCAGUUACAGUUACUUGGAUCCCAACUACUACCCAGCAAACAGAUGACAAGGGACACAGACCAAAGACCUGUUGGUGUAUUAUACCCAGUGCAUAUCGGUAGUACCGUGGUUCAUUCUUUUCACAGACCAGAAAGAUUCCACCCUCCCUGAAAUGUCACUCAAAGCAUGAUGGCUUCCUUGGGUGUCUGUCAACUUGUGGCUCUUACACUGUCAUGGUUCUAGGUCACUGAAAAGCAGCUGAACAUUCCGGGCUCGCAGAAAGUUUCACUGCAAGUCAUUUUUUCUUACCAUGUCAAAAAUCCUUAGGUGGUAAUCAAGAAAAAUACAGAAGGAGCAGAAAAUGAGAGCACACGUUUAUAGAUUAGAGAACUGCAAAGGCUUUCACACAGCAAGACUUUGUGGAUUACAUAUGAUACAACUAGAUAUUUGUAGAUAAGUAUUUAUAUUAAAAAAAGUUUGAUAGCUUGCUAUUUUGUUGUGAAAUUGUUUUUUCAGCACAGGGACUGACAAUUUUAACCAUUGAUGGUGUUUUCUUAAAUAAUACUGUCAUCUUAAAUAUAUCGGUGGCCCAAUGCUCCAUCUCAGGCCUCCAAUAACUUUUGCUGCUUUAUCACAAGUAAACGUGAUUCUUUUCAUAAUGGGCUGCCUCUGUUUGACAGCAGAGAGGCACUUUUGGAGGCAGAGUGAUAAAGGGAGUGCCUGCAGCAUGCUUCUUUAACAAGUCCACAGCAUUUGUGAGAAUGUUAUGAAAUUGUCACACAGAUAUAUUUUUUAAUGUACUGUUAUAUAAAAUGAUCAUGUGGUGUGUAAAAACAAACAAAAAAAAGAAAUGGUGAAAAAGUACCAGUGGUAGUAACUGUGUAAAAGUCUCUUAAUAUUCUGUGUUAACCCUCGAAAACUGAAGUACACAGCCUUCUGCCUCUACAUUUGGAGCUGUGCUUGCAGCUCUGAAAACUGCCUAAUAUUAAUUGCAUAUGGUAAUAAUUUCCCUUUUUUGUAGUAUACACAAGGUCCUUGAAAAGAUUGUAUUUUUUAUUAUAUAUUUAAACAAGUAAUUAAAUUUAGUCCCAGCAGUGAGCCGAAGGUUCACGUGCUUUCUUUUAUACUGCUAGAAACUGGUUGUGUAUCAUUUAAAAGAUUUUUUGUAUGUUUUCUUUCUUCCUCUUUUUUGUUUUUUUUCUUUUUCUUUUCUUUUCUUUUUUUUUGUGUAUACAGUUUGUUCUUAACGUAAAAUUGUCAGGAGAACUGUGAGAAUAAAAUUAUAUGGAGAUAGUCUGUUUCUACAAG